AACAAAAAGGCACAAGUUUACCUGAUUCUCAUGGACCGCAACCUCUCACCUGCACCAGCUUCUUUUACUCUGAGCAAGACAUUAGCGAUGAGGACUCUGAUGAUUUAAGCUCGGGGGUCUUUUCCUCCUGUAGCACCACAGAUGGCCAUAGUUUCAAUGUGGAUUGGUCAGUGUCAACUGACCAGACGCCAUCUUGCUUCUUUGAAGGUCUUGGCGUGGAUAUAUGGGUGGAAGAUGUAAGCGGAGAGAGUUUAAAGAUCAGAGAGAGGCCACAGGUGAAAAUCGGACACAUUGCUGUGGGAAUCAGUGAACAGAUAUCUCUGAGGACAUUCAGUUUGGCCACCCUAGAUGGGCGUCUGGUGUCUCCGGACACAGAAGUAUGCGAGUCGGGCAUGUGGUUGCAGUGCGUUCCUGCUUCUGACGGCAGUCCCAGCUGGGAUUGGAGGGUCAGAGAUGGAAAACUAGAGCUGCGAGAAUAUGAUGAACAUUCAGAUACCUGCUCAACAGUGGCACUCUAGCAAAAGUGACCAUUGCAAACAAACAGA